AUGUGCGGCACGCUGAGCUGGACCUUGGCAGUCGUCAACGGCGGCAAUGUGGGCGAGAACCGGGAUGUCCGCGAGACACAGUUGAUCUUCAAGGCGCCCCACCCGAUGAAUUUGGUGGCCCCCCAUCUGAUGGUGGAGCUGCGGUCUGCUGGAUUCAUCGAGAUCUGUGGGGACUUGGAGGAGGAACACGGUGACAUCCUCGAGACGCUCGACGGGUACUUUGCCGAUCGCUUCGUGGCCGAGCGAAUCGAUGGCCAUGAAGAUUUCUGCGACAGGUACUACCAGGCGGGGGAGGACGUCUUCAAGGGCAACUCUGGGAGUCUGGAGAGCAACUUCGGCUUACUGUGCACCAACGUGUGCGACAUGAUCACGCAGUGGGAGGGCUGGAGCUUGGUGGCCUGCAAUGCCUCCAACUAUGGCGCUGAUGGGCGGCACUCCGAACAGCAGAUGAUCUUCCGGCGAGACUACCAUCCCUUGGGAGAUUCGAAGUAUUUGCAGGUCAUUCUCAAUGCUUUGGGCAACAUCGAGGUGAAUGGAAAGCACGUGAAGGAGAUCCACUCGAAGCUGGAUGGAUUCCUGCGGAAGAAAUGGGGCUGUGAACGUGCGGGCCACUUCAGCGAGGGCGAGGGAGAUCAGAAGACGAUUUGCCGAAGGUAUACUUGGGACGUGGAAGACCUCAACAUGCUGAGGGCCACGGCAGACGUGGUGACCUUCUUCGAGUUGCAGGGCUGGGAGAUCCAAGUCGCUUCUCAACAGCAAGUCCUGGAGGACGGCACCUGGUGCCGCGAGCAGCAGCUCCUGUUCCGCCCCGGACGGACAGAGGUCGGCACAGUGGAGCCGCAUGUCUUCGUGGAGUUCUACGCCGGCGAGGGGGAUCCGGAGUUCUUCAACAAUGAGGAGCACACCCAGGUCUUGGCAAAUCAGAAGAUCCGAAUCCGUGGCAUUGGCCCGGGUAGCGAGAAGGGACGCAUGAGUCCGGAGCUGGAGUCCGUGGUGGAGGAGUUCCAGACCUUUGUGGUGGACUACCUCGGUGGAGAGAAGGAUGAAGAUUGCGAUGGCCUGGGUGAGGACGUCUACCACUGCAACGUCUUCUUAUGCAGGGGCAAGUUUGAGAACAACCUUGCCCAGUGGACGAUGCGGCUUUGUGACUGGAUGGUAGACAGGUUGGGGUGGAGUUUCAUCGUGUCGUCGCUCUGCAACAUGGGCGACUUCGGCCAGAAUCGGCUGCAACAGGUGAUCUUCCGCUUCGACGGAGACAAGCGGGCCCUGCCUGUGUCGAAGAGUGUGAAUCCUAUGAUGGAGUCGUUGGAUCCUGCCAACUUCCCAGAGUAUUGGGAGUUCGAAGAGGUGCUGGAACAGCGCGAGGUCCAACGAGUGAAGGCCUGCAAGCCAGAUGAGAAGGCGGCCUUGCAGGAGCUAAUGGAUCACACCUUUAAGCGCGUCCUCACACGCGAUCGCGUGCCAGACGACGAUGCAGAAGAUGACGAGGAGAUGCCAUACCGACUGGAGGUGGUCCAUGCCUUCCGAUCCGAACACGCCUGGCUGAACGCUAUGUUGUGCGAUGCUGAAAUGGACAAGGAGGCCGAGGACUUCGAAACGAAGACCUCGACGCUGGAGACGCUGCUGUCCGGGCGGUUGAAACCAGGUGAGGCGUACUUGUACCAUGGAACCAAUCCCUCCUCAGCCAUGAGCAUCUUGAAGACGGGCUUCGUGCUGGACCAUGCUGGCAGUGCCACGGGCACCAUGUACGGCGCUGGAAUCUACAUGGCGGAAUGUUCCUCCAAAUCGGACGAGUAUGGUCGGGACGACGGUGGAAACACCUAUCCCUCGCUGCAUGCCAUGCUUGUGGGCAAGUGCUACGUGGGCAAGCCUUACAUCACCGAUAAAGCUGGAGAUCAUGUGCCCGAAGCGCAGUCCAUGGGCUUGGAUUGCAUUUGCGGCGACCGCGAAUCCAAGGUGGGCACCUAUCGAGAGUUUGUCUUCUUCGAUCAGCGGCAGGUGUACCCGGAGUAUGCUGUCAUCUACCGGCGGCAGUAUGACAAAACCAAGGUGCCUCCGGACAUGGUCACCCCGACAUCCGGCACUACAGGCAGGUUUUGGCAGAUGAAGGUGGGAGGAGACUGGAAGAAUGUGCCGCCAGAGGUGAACAAAGUCUUGCUUCAGGCGACAAAGAAUGGAGACGAGGAAGUCACCAUCACCUUUAAUGACAAAGACUAUCUCUUUAACCUGCUGGAGAAGAAGGGCACCAACAUCAAGACUCUUUGGCUUUUGUUCGUCCAAGGGGCAGGGGACGACGAGCGAGCUGACGACGACCGGGAACAAGGUUCCCCUACGCGCUCCGAUGGUGAGAUGAGAGUCUCACCCGAACGGCGGCGGCAAACGGCCCUUGCGAAGCAAGAGCUGGAUAGGAAGACCAGCUGCGAAGAGGACAUCGGCGAUGGUGAGAGUGGGCACCGUGACUUCGGUACCCACGCGGGGCCCGGGCGUGGCGUGGCUCCAAAUGGAGCGCAUGGGAUGCCCGUUCUCGAUUUUCAAGCUGGUGAUGCGCUAAGGGUCGCUGAUGGCCCCACCACCCCGGUGGCUGCGAGCACCGAGGGUGGCAGUUCGUCGGCCACCGCGGAAUGGCGCAAGCUGCAGAACUCCAUCGCCUCUUUGCAAGCUCUGGGCGUGCUAAAGGAGAAGCCACCGGACAAGAAGCAGAGGCGACAGUCUUUGCCGGCGGUGACGACGUUUGGCCAACUGGAGGCGGAACGUGAGGAGGAGGCCACCGGCGAGGAAGGCCUGCGGUCGAUGGGCACCGCCCAGUUGGUGGCGCCGAGUACGCCCUUGGCGCCCACGAGGAGCAUGAAGCUACCGGACGCGUCCAAGUUCGUGAAAUUCUUCGAACAAAGUGCCGCCAACGAGCCGGUGCGGCGGCAGAACGGACGCCGGUGGACCGUGGUGGCCAACCAGGUUCCGACCUUUGCGGCUCCGCCAUCGACGCCCAAGAACACGGGCAUGCGUGGAGAUCGGAACCGGAACUCGGUGACCUUGGACGGCUUGCCAUCGCAGCAGCGGGUGACCACUGCCCCACCGCGCGCGCGGCAUUCCACCAGCAGCUUCAAUGGCAUGGUGCAGGGGAACGUUACCGCCGGUAGCGAUGACUCGGACUCCUCAGAAGAAGAGAUGCAAGACAAAAAAGGCAAGACCUGGUCAGGCUGGUACAAGAUUUCCGCGUCACAGAAGGAAGAAGCUGAAGUCAAGGAGGACACACAACGCAAAAGCUUUGACUUGAGCCAACUCGUCGCGAAUCCCAUUCCUUUGAAAGAUCCCCAGGUCGCCGAGGCGGCAGAGCUUUGGGAGAAGAUUCGGGCUGAGAAGACGGCUUCGGAAGAAGCUCACGAGCAAUUCAUGCAGAGCUUGCCUCAAGGCAUGAGCAAGUUUGCAGCCAUCCUGACAAAUCGCUUUGGAUCACUGGAGAGAGCUUUCCAACACUUCGACUACAACCACAAGGGCAAAGUCACGCGAGGUCAAUUUCAAACUACCCUGGCCACCAUCCGCUUGGACACAGAGGAGGUGGUUGGCUUGCCCAACAAGAAGGUCUUCCGGCAGAUCAGCUCCGUUGGUGGCAAGGCUUCCUUGGAGAUCACCUUGGAGCAAUGGAUGCUUUUCUUCGAUUCACACCUCUCAGGCACUGCUGCAGAGUUUCUGUUGACCGAGGACCGCGGCAGCCAGGCGCCAAAGCGUUGGCAGCAGAUGAGGAAGCUCCCCAUCAAGGCCUUGAAGAGCAUUUUGGAGAGUGGCAUAUACACCCUGCAGGAGGAUGGGGUCGAGUUCAGCCAGGAGUUCAGCCAGGAGUGGCAGGGUGGACCUGAAGGCCGAAGAGAAGGGAAGAGGACUAGCCGGGAUGAAGAUGGUAUGGAAGGAGAUGCUGGCCAGUUGGACCACGACUCCACCGCCCGCGCCACGCACCACCAUGCCGCUCCGGCCGACGGAGCCUCCACGUCGCUCUCCGGUGCCGGCGCCGGUGGAAGCGCCGGUGGAAGCGCCGGUGGAAGCGCCGCGGCGGACGGCGACGGCAACGGCACCGGGCACGAGGGCGGCGAAGUGGAUGAGCUCGGAGCACUGGAAGGCAAGAGAUUUGAGGAGCUGACGUCGAUUCAUGGCGACGCAAGCCGUAUGGAGAAUUGGAAGGAGAACCGACAGAUUAGCACCUCCAGUUCCAAUGCCUCCGAAGACGAGCUCUCAACGCUUCAGCCGAAGCGCCUCUUAGGUGCCCAUUCUGGAGUUGAUGGAAGGAAGGUGGACCGAAGCAAGGUGAUGCGAGCCUUUAAGCAGCGCGACGAUAAGGCCGUAGCCGAAUUGAAUGAGGAUGAGCUGCAAGCACUGGCGGAGCAAGUGCAGUUACAGCAAGAGAUCGAAGAAUUGGACUUGUCGAACAUCGACGCCUUCGCAUAUGUGCUUCUGGCCAAGUUGGGCUCCUUCAAACGAGCCUUCCGGUGGUUCGACUUCAACUGCACCAGGAAGAUCACCAAUGUGACCUGGGAUACUGGAAUCUUGUUGCUGCACGUCGACACUGAGAGCUUGACCGGUCUUAAGCCCGGACAGAUCUUCUAUCGCAUGGACGUGGUCUUGGACCCCAAUUCGCCUGAUGGCAUGAUCACCAGAAAGAAGUGGAAAGCAUUCUUCGCGGGUUUUCAGCCACCUCCAGAACUUCAAAAGCUCUUGGAUGAAGGGAAGACCCUCCGGCAGCGAGCAGCAGCGAAGCGGAAGCAAUACCACCGGCGCGGGAGCCUCUUUCGAGGUGAUCGUGGAGGACGCUUGAAGGUGAAGGGGGACGAUGUGGGCUUUGAUGAAGACGAGAAGGCGGAGCAGGAGAGAGCUGAAAGAUUGGCCGAGGAGAAGGACAGCUUCAGGUCCUGGGUGGAAUCUGAGAUGGCAUCCAUUGCAGAUGGAACCUUCAAAGAGUACAGCGAUGCGACCUUCAGGGGUGGAGCUGAGAGUUUGUUGACGCCCUACGAGCGGCGGCGGGUAAUGCUGGAGAUCGCCCAGGCGUAUGGCUUAUACACCCUGAUGACCAAAGGAACUGGGCGUAUGCCACCACGCGUGCGCAAUAGCUUGGAGCGGGCUCCCGGCAUCACCGAGUCCGAUUUGGUGCCUCCGCCCGGCUGCUUAAAAGUCUACAACAUGACCAGCUUCAGCAGGGACAUGUCGGCCAAGCUGGAUGGAAUCUCUUCCGGUGGUCGGCUGCCCUUGGGGCAGGAGUUCUCAGCGAGUGAAAAGGCCGUCAUUCAUUUGUUGGCCUUGGAUCGAGAGCUGGUCGUGGUGCAAGAACGUUGGGGCAGGGGCGAACGCCUGGUGAUCCACGAUACGGGCUCCUUUGCGAAGGGCUUAUCUGCAAAGCUGGAUGCCCUCGAUGGAGGUGGCUCAACCACCAUCUCUACGCAGAAGCUCACCAACAUUGAGAUGAAGCUUGUGCAUGCGCAAGCUGCUCAGAAAGGCUUACGAGUACGUACCGCUUUGGAUGAGAAUGGUGACGAAGUACUCAAGGUCUACAGUAUGUCGGACUUUGCCCAAGAGAUUAAGGAUCGUUUGUCAAACGUGCAGAUUGGCCAGAAGGUGUCGAUGGAGAACUUGGAUGAAGAGGAGCGUGCGGUGGUCCAUGAAGUGGCCAGGGCUUUUGGACUCCACGGCACCGAGUCGGAAGGCAGCGCAGGGAAGCGGAACGUCAUGGUCACACGCUUAGAUGCCAUCUCAGAGGCUGCCCUAGAGGCUGCAAAGGCUUCAUUGGAGCAGCAAGGCCUCGCCACCUUGGCCGGCGAGGCGGCUGAUGGGCUUUCAGGAUUGCCUCCGACGUUGGAGGGCGAUCAGGAAUGUGCCACGGCCAGCCGCUCGGGCACUGACGCCAUGAGCUUGUCGCAUUCCAGGGGCCAUUCCAGCGCGAGCGAUGGAGCCCCGGGGGAUCCAGACAGCCUCCAAUCUGCGAAGGAUGUUUUCGAUCAUCAAGGUGCCAGUGCCACCGGUGACGGCACAAGUUCCUAUACGCCAGCACCUUCCUCCUCGGCACUGAUCUCUCAGGCCUUCGAUUUCUACGCCAGCGGCCAGCACGGUUCAGAAAGGACAUUCCUUCGAUUUGUAGACUUGAAGGAAUUCUCGGGCGACCUACGAGAUGCCAUGCCCAAGAAGAGGCGU